AUGAGCUUCCAGGGCACUGGAAGGGUGGGCGGGACAGGACCAAACGCAAACAUGGCGGCGUCCUUAGAUGAUGAUUUUGAGUUUAAUAACCAGGACUAUUACUCUCUACUCAACGUCAGGAAAGAGGCUACACUGGAGGAGCUGAAGGCGUCGUACCGGAGGCUGUGUAUGCUCUACCACCCUGACAAACAUCGAGACCCCGAGCUGAAAAGUCAGGCUGAGCAGCUUUUCAACCAGGUGCACCAGGCGUAUGAAGUGCUGAGCGAUGCUCACUCCAGAGCCAUCUAUGACAUCUUUGGGAAGAAAGGGCUGGAGGUGGAAGGCUGGGAGGUGGUGGAGAGGAAGAGAACUCCGGCAGAAAUUCGAGAGGAGUAUGAAAGGCUGCAGCGAGAAAGAGAAGAGAGGAGGCUGCAGCAAAGAACUAACCCCAAGGGCACCAUCAGUGUGGGUGUGGAUGCAACAGAUCUGUUUGACCGCUAUGAUGAGGACUUUGAAGAGAUGCCAGGAGGAGGGUUUCCUCAUAUUGAAAUCAACAAGAUGCACAUUUCCCAGUCCAUAGAGGCUCCUUUGACGAACUCUGACACGGCAGUACUGUCCGGGUCGCUCUCGACACACAACGGGAACGGAGGGGGCAACAUUAACAUGACUGUGCGGAGAGUUACAUCGGCCAAGGGCUGGGGAGAGGUGGAGUUUGGUGCAGGGGACAUACUUGGACCUCUCAUUGGGUUAAAGGUGUUUCGCAACGUCACUCCGCGUUGUUUCUUGACUGCCCAGUGCGGUUUGCAGUUCUCUCCUCGAGGUUUGAGGCCGAGCUGUUCUCUGAUGACAGCACGCCACCUGGACCAGAACACCAUGGGCUAUCUGCAGUGGCGCUGGGGACCCAACAGUGCCAUGACCACAAGCCUGGUCCGAGACACGAAGAGCAGCCACUUUACUCUAGCUCUGCAGCUGGGUGUGCCUCACUCCUACCUAAUGAUGAGCUACCAGUACAAGUUCCAGGAUGAGGACCAGACUAAAGUUAAAGGCUCUGUUAAGACAGGCUGGUUUGGUACUGUGGUGGAAUAUGGAGCAGAGAGGAAGAUCAGCCGACACAGUGUCCUGUCAGCCACUGUCAGCAUCGGGGUCCCGCAGGGAGUCACACUCAAGAUCAAGUUGGCGCGUGCCAGUCAAACGUACCUGUUUCCAGUCCACCUGACAGAUCAGCUGCUGCCCAGCGCUGUCUUCUACGCCACCGUGGGACCCCUGCUGGUCUAUAUGGCCAUCCACAGACUGAUCAUCAUCCCAUACUCGCAAGCACAGAAAGAGCAAGAGCUGGAGCUGCAGAGGAAGAGCUCAGCCACAGACAUCGCCAAGAAGAAGCAGGAGGCAGAGUCUGCCGUUCUGCUGAUGCAGGAGUCUGUGAGGAGAAUCAUAGAAGCGGAAGAAUCCAAGAUGGGUCUGAUCAUCCUGAAUGCCUGGUAUGGAAAGUUUGUGUCAGACACAAGCCAGAAGCAGGACAAAGCAAAAGUCAUCGACGUCACUGUGCCUCUGCAGUGCCUGGUAAAGGACUCCAAGCUCAUCCUCACCGAGUCCUCUAAGGCAGGAUUGCCGGGCUUCUAUGACCCCUGUGUAGGAGAGGAGAAGAGUCUUAAAUUACUGUACCAGUUCAGAGGUGUCAUGCACCAAGUCAUCUCUGCAGACACUGACUCGCUACGGAUACCCAAGCAAUCUCACAGAAUUGAGUCUGAGUCUUAGGAGCCCACCGGUGUUGGAGCACCAGAGGGCAAAUGCAGAUCAAAACAGACUUUGCGUCAACAGAAGAACCCAAGAACAGAGGGGACACAUCAACAAUAAGUCUGCGUCUCUCCUCUGGUCCUCUCCUGUCGUGGCAUUUGUGAAUCUGUCCAUCGAUUUCCUCCACUCCUCCCUUUCCUGUGGGCCAUCCCCGAGGUUCAGCAGAAUACAGGAGUCAGCUCAGAGCUUCUACAAGGUGUCACACCUGACAGGGCUGCUCAAAUAUCUGCCUGCUGUAGGAGAUCAGACAUUGGCCCUGAACAUAGUUUUAAAUAUGCACUACACAGAGGGGCUGAUGGUCACCGCGGACGUGGUGAGCAUUCCCAUCAAUGAUGAGCUAAAAGCGAUACAUUUAAAGAUGUGUCAUUUGUCAUGUCGAGUAUAUACAGAUGAGUGGUAGUUUUACCCCACAUCAUUGUAGUCUUUGUCCUGUGUGUGUUAUCACCCUGGUAGGUUUGAAUCUAAUAAUGGUAUAACAUGCCAGUCAUUUCACUGACUCGUCCAAAUGUUUAGAGUAACACUAUGCAGGAUCAUGUCUCAGUGACCUUGAGGCUGGCCAGGACUGAGGAUUGAUUGUGUGACUCAUGUUUUCGUUUACUUGUUCUCAUCCUCAGUUAUUAUGCCUUUUAGUGACAUGUCACAUUAGUGUGUAAACUGGUGCUCAAAACUUCUAUC